AUGAUAGAGAAAAUGAUGAAACUACAGGAAAUAACAAACAAAAACCAUGAAGCCUCCAUAAAGAGCCUCGAGAGACAAAUCGGGCAAAUUUCCAAGCAAAUGUCUGUUGAGAGAUCUUCAAGCUCACUGCCUAGUGACACAAUCCCAAAUCCCAAGGAGGAGUGCAAGGCAAUACAAUUGAGAAGUGGAAGGAUAUUGAUGAGCAACAAUGACAUUCCAAAGAAACAAAAGGAGAUCAUCAAGGAACCAACAGAGGAAGAGAAGCAACCAAAAGCAGAUCAAGCUGAGGAACAAGUUGUGAUGCCAACCAAAAACAAUGAGACACUCAAAGAACAGGGGAACCAGCCUCAAAGCUCAAAGGAAAAGACUCAAGGAAAGCAACAGAUCGAAAAGCACCUCACACCCCCACUACCAUAUCCUCAGAGAUUCAACAAGGAGGUUAAGGACCAACAUUUCCACAAAUUCCUUGAGACCUUCAAGAAGGUGGAAAUCAAUAUCCCUCUAGCUGAAGCACUUGAGCAAAUGCCUUUGUAUGCCAAGUUUAUGAAGGAGCUUAUCAAUAAGAAGAGGAGUUGGCUUGAGAAGGAAACCAUAUUACUAACCGAAGAAUGCAGUGCUGUGAUUCAGAGAGGUAUUCCCCCAAAACUCAAGGAUCCGGGGGGCUUUGUAGUGUCAUGCACCAUUGGAAAAACAAUUCUCAACAAAGCCCUCUGUGACCUUGGUGCCAGCAUCAAUUUAAUGCCUCUCUCAAUGAUGAGAAAACUUGAUAUAGAAGAACUUAAACCCACCAGGAUGUCAUUAGUUAUGGCCGACAGAUCCAUUAAGACACCCAAUGGAAUUGUGGAAAAUCUGUUGGUGAAGAUUGGGGAAUUUAUCUUCCCAGCAGAUUUUGUGAUAUUGGAUACUGAAGAGGAAGGAAGUGACUCAAUCAUUUUGGGGAGGCCAUUUUUACACACAGCAAGAGCCAUCAUCGAUGUAGAAAAAGGAGAAAUGGUCUUCAGGGUCCAUAAUGAACAAAUGAUCAUAAAUGUUUUCAAGUCAAUGCAAAAUAUCCCUGAGCAAGAGGACUAUGUAAAAGUGGAUAUGAUAGAGAGUUUGGUGGAACAAAUGCUGGAAGAAAGUUCUCAAGAGCAAGAAGGAGAUCAAAGUGCAAUGGAAGAACAAGUAGCCGAGAUCUUCAUAAGCAAAGAGGCGCAAAAGCAAGAACUGAAGCCAUUACCCUCUCAUCUCAAAUAUGCAUUUCUUGGCACUUCAGAAAGCUUCCCAGAUGCCAAACCAAGACUCAUCAGGUGGAUUCUACUCUUACAAGAAUUUGACAUUGAGGUAAGAGACAGGAAAGGCACCGAAAAUCUAGUUGCUGAUCAUUUGUCAAGGCUGCCACCAGAAGCAAUCCAAAAGGCUUCAUUACCUGUGAAUGAAAGCUUCCCAGAUGAACAUCUUAUGCUGAUCCAACAAACACCAUG